GGGAGAGCGAGCGAGGAGGAGGAGCGUUGCGCCUCUCGCUUUUACGGGUGAGGUUACGCAAGGGCGGGGCCUGCGGGUGUCACGUAUUCCGCUGAACUGAGCUGCCCUUCGCGGGGAAGAACCAGCCGGGGAAGGUUCCAGUUAAGUAGCUGAAGAAAUCUGGAAUUAUGGAUCACGCCAGGAAAGCAAUAUUUAACAUGUUCGGAGCCGAGCCCCUCUCCUAUACUCGCUUCAGUUUGGCCCGACAGCCGGACGGGGACAGCAGCCGGGUGGAAAUGAAACUCUCCGCCGAGGAAGAGGAAGCAGGGGAAAACGGCAUGAUCGACCAUCUGCCCCCCAGGAAAGUCAAAGGCAGGAACCAUCGGCACCUGUGCUGCAUGUGUGGCGGGGCGGCCUUGCUUUUACUAAUAGGAUUUUUGUUUGGCUAUAUAAGUUUCCGUGCCCGGAUGCCACCGGCGGCAAAGUGUAACAAUGGCGCAGUGUCAUCGAGUGACGAGAUCGCCUAUUCAUCUUUAUACCCUGAAGCCAACAAUCCCCCAUCUGAUCCAGUGCUCUAUUGGGGAGACCUGAAGAAAUUACUGGGCGAUCGGCUAGCCAAGGCCAAUUUCGAAACAACGAUCCGGGAAGUGUCCUCUGAGAAUCACGAAGCCGGCAGUGGACGGGACGAGAUUCUGGCUAAUGACAUCCACAAUAACUUUGAGUCUUACAACUUGGAUAAAGUCUGGGAUGAUGAGCAUUAUGUCCGUCUCCAAGCCAGGUCUUCAAAUGUAAUUACUUUGGAAGAUGGUAAAAACACAUUCGUGGAGGCACCCAGUGCUUUCGUAGCCUACAGUGAAAACGGCCAGGUUUCGGCCAAACCGGUUUUCGCCAAUUACGGCCGUAAAGAUGAUUUCAAAGUCCUCCUAGACAAAGGUAUCUUCCUGAAUGGCACAGUGGUCAUUGUGCGAGCUGGCAGUAUUACUUUUGCCGAGAAGGUUGCCAAUGCCAAAGCACGGGGCGCUGUAGGAGUGUUGAUCUAUCCGGAUCCUGCUGACUACAGGAACCUUGGACCAACUGUGGCUCUGUUUGGACAUGCUCAUCUUGGAACCGGUGACCCGUAUACCCCUGGGUUCCCUUCUUUCAACCACACUCAGUUCCCGCCCGUCCAGUCUUCGGCCCUCCCCGGCAUCCCCGUCGCAAGUAUUUCGAGCUCGGCUGCACGAACAUUAGCCAGUGUUCUGGAUGGGUCAGACUGUCCCACCACGUGGCAAUACACGAUCUUCCGCAAGUGUGCGACCUCUCCGUCCGGAACGAACGUGAAGCUCAACGUUAACAACCAACUGGUAGAGAAGAAAAUCCUGAACAUCUUCGGCGUGCUUAAAGGCUUUGUGGAACCAGAUCGGUAUAUCGUGAUCGGAGCUCAGCGCGAUGCCUGGGGAGAUGGAACAGUGAAAUCUGCAGUCGGGACGGCUUUGUUGCAGGAGUUGGCCCACACACUCUCUGGGAUGGUCAAAACUGACGGCUACAAACCUCACAGGAGCAUCAUCUUUGCCAGCUGGAGCGCAGGCGAAUUCGGAGCCGUCGGUGCCACGGAAUGGCUAGAGGGCUACGCUGCCUCUCUGCAUUUGAAAGCGUUCGCUUACAUCAAUCUGGAUGCCGCCGUUUCAGGAUCCAAGGAAUUCCGAUUCUCUUCCAGCCCCUUGUUGAAAAAGCUCCUGGAGGAAGCAGUCACAGAUGUCUCCUUUUUGCCACUCAAUCUUCGUGCCGCUUUUGCAAGCAAAGAAGUUCCGUUUCGGUUUGAUGACGCAGCGAGAACAUUCAUCGCCUCCUCUGGAAUCCCCGCCAUCUCCUUCAGCAUCAACAACGGCGGAGACUCCUACCCCUACCCCUAUUUCGGCACCGCGGAGGACAAUCCAAGCAACCUGCUCGCGGCCUUUAGCAACAGCAUCGUCCUGAUGGAACAGGCGAUCCGGUUGGCCGCCGAAAUAGCCGGCCGGAUGGCCCUCAGGUUGACCCACGAUCGGGAACUCUACCUGGAUUACAAGAGCUACGACAGCCGGCUGCACAAUUUUGUCGCGAGCCUGCUCCCUUACCAGAGGGAAAUGAAGAAACGGGGCUUGGAGAUCCAGUGGCUCUUUGAGGCCCGCGGAGAUUUUACUCGCGCCACCACCGCGCUGACCCAGGAUGUGAAAAACACCGACCUCAACGACAGGGAUGCGUCCCGUCUCCUGAAUGACCGGCUGAUGAAAGUGGAGUACCAGUUCCUCUCCCCAUACGUCUCCCCCAAGGACACGCCCUUCCGCCACAUCCUCCUGGGCUCCGGAUCCCACACCGCCCAGGCCCUGCUGGAACACGUCAGCCUGCUAAAGACCAACGCCAGCGCUUUCGACGAAGUCCUCUUCAAGAACCAGCUGGCUCUCUUGACGUGGACCAUCCAAGGAGCAGCAAACGCCCUGGCCGGCGACGUUUGGGACAUCAACAACGAGCUCUGAAAACCCCCAUCCCUACUACCUUCCCAAAAGACCACCCCUCGCCCACACACCCUCUUCCCGCAACCCGUUGCACAGUUUACACCUUCCCCUUUAGCUUUUCAGCAGAAUUUUUUAGAGGCCCCCCAAAGUCGAGGAAGGUGGGAUUCGAAUCUUGGGAGGGAUUUUUUAGAUGCAAGUUGACGUCUCUGCCCAAUGUUGCUAAUCAGCCCCCUUGGCAAUCUUAAAAGGAAUUUCUGCUUUUUUCGAGUAAGCGAACGCUGGCGUCCGGCUGCACAGAAAGUCCGUAAGCCGACCACGUUCCAGUUGGCACGAAACUCCUCCCGCGAAACGAAAAGGCUUAAAAUUGGUUAGCCGUCGACUGCUUGGGAAGGCGGGAGCCGAGUUCGAGUCCUCCCGCACAUUUUUUAUUAAGAGCCUUUUGCAUCGGCCCUGGAACGUGGAGCUUUCUGCCUUCUGUCCAGUUCCCCUCCGGCCGCUUACUCGGGAAAUGAGGUGAAUGGGAUGGAUCCGGCGGGCACGAUUUAGGAAUUGGCAACGGGAAGCCCUUUUCGGGGAGAGCCCGGAUUUUGUCUUUGUCUCCUUGCGUUGCGGCCUACCGGGAAAACACGAGCGCCUUUCCGUCGGUCGCACCGGUGGAGGAGGGUGAGUUCACCUGGACUCUUGGUCCUGAAGAUAUAUUUAUUAGUUAUUUAUUUAUCAGUGACAGUGUUCACUAUAAAUGCUAUUUGUGUUCUACCGAAUAUAAUUAUCGGAAGCAGUGACUUCCAUAAUUAUGACAGUUAUACUGUCGUUUUUUUGAUAUAAGUAAUAAAAGCAGCAUCUGCUAACCCUGAGGAGAACUGGAGAUUUGAAGCCCUUGAGCCUUCACUGGCCUGCAGGAACGGCGGUGAACAUCUUGGGGGAGGGGGGAACCCCAAGGUUUUAGAAACGGGGAAGUGGAUUUCCCUCCGCUGCGGCGCUUUUAAGAGCUCACCAAGGAGAGGGUCUGCAGCCGCUGCCUCUUCCGUGGUGCGCGGCGGGAGGGCAGAAAACACCUUGGCGCCCUCCAGAUGUUCUGGACUUGACGCCCCAGGAUUUGAGCAGCUGUGCCUGCUUUAAAUUCUGGCCGUCGGCCUGUUUGGAGGGUUGGCCUCGAUCCCUCUGGAUCUCCAACCUCGGCCACUUUUAAGACUUGUGGCCUUCAACUCCCAGAAUUCCUCAGCCAGCCAGCCGUGUCUUGUUUCUUUUUCUCCUUCAAAGAGGAGAGAGAUUGCAGAGGAAGGGAUUGCAAGAGAGUAAGCUAUGCUGUCGGAGGAACUCUGGGAGUUGAAGGCCACAAGUCUUAAAAGUGGCCAAGGUUGGAGAUCCCCCCCCCCCCUGCUACAGACCCAGGGGGAUCUUGUCCACAUUCCCUAGAUUUCUGCCUAUCCAGGAGUGGCCAGCAACUGCAGACCCCCUCCCCAUGUGGGCUUCCACCUAGCCCCCCCCUUCCACCCCGCCUUUGCCGGCGAGGGCUAAGCGGAAGGGAGCUGGCUGCAGGCUUUUUGUACCCAUCUCUGGGCCGUUGCCGCACCGCCUCCAGUCCUGCAGAGCAAACUCCAGUCCUGCACAGUGAACGUGAAUCUCAUUAUCGGGGGCAGGGUCUCCCAUAAUGUCCAAGAACAAGGUAGCUUUUGCCUACCAGAAGUGUUGUAUCGGAGGCAGUGACCUCCAUAUGUUGCACUAAAGGGUGUCUUUAUAAUUAUCGGGGACAGUGUUCCCCAUAAUUUUUAUUAUCUAAAUGCUCGUCGCCUGCAGAGCAUGGUCGUUAGUAUCUAACAUGAAUUAUUUGAAACCUGGUACGAUUGUCUCUUUCUGUCUCAAUUGGGGAGGGGCUGGCUGCGCGAGAACCUGUUCGGCGGGGGGGGGGAGGCAUCAUCGCCGACUCUGGCUUACCCAGCACCCAAAAGAUGCCCCCCCCUCCCAGCUCAGUUGCUCUCGCUCGGCCCCUCCUUGCCCUAAGGAAGCAGAAUGGCCACCUUUGUCCUCUCUAGACCAGGAAUCCUGGCUUGUUCUCCAAACAGCUCGAGGCACGCAGGAGUGAUGCCAGGCGAAAGCUAGAGCCACGUGCGUUUUCUUAAAAGGCAUGGACUUUUCUCUGAACUUUCCAUCAAUGUCCUUUUUUUUUUCCCCUUCUCUCUCUCCCUCUCUCUUUCUCUCUCGUUUGCAAAGCUUCUCAUGAGUUCCUGGGUGAAUGUAUGUAUGAUCAGAGGAAUCUUCUGGGUAAAGUGAGAAACAGGCCAGGAAGAACCUGGGAAAGCCAAUGACAGAUGCUGUUGGUAUUUUUUUUCUCUCUCUUUCUUUCUCACAUCUGUAGCCAAAACAUCUGGUCUAAAGAACCUGUAGGAAUCUUCUAAGGAGACUUUGAGCUGAAAUUCUGCUUGCCCUGGCUUUCCAAAACGCCUUAGCUUCUGUUUUCUGCUUGUUGGCACGGAAGGCCAAACAAUAAAAAUGGAAUUUGUACGCCACGGAAAACCUGAGUUUUUGAGACGAGAGAAUUCCAGGCCCGCUUUUGGCUAUCAAAGACCUUGGUGGGAUUUCGGUGAACUGGAAAAGACGACAGUGCCCCCGGUUUAUAGGCCAUCUCCGGGUGUCGGUCAUUCAGUUCAAAUCAAAGGCUGUUGCAUUUCAGACCUGUUUUCGUUUGUGUGAAGAAGAAGAAGAAAAAAAGAGUUGGCUUAGUCAACCUUCCCGUGUGAGAUUUUCUUCCCUGUUGUUUCAUAAAGCGGAGGCACAAAUGUCUCUUGUUGUGUAUAUUGUUUCCGUAGCACUGCAUGGAUCCCGGGUGCGUUGAAAGCACUAGAUGUAGUUGUUAGGGGGGGGGACAAAAAAAAUUAACAGGUGUUAAUCGAAGUGUUGUCGUUCAUCCUGAUAAGCUGCAACUUUUUUUCUCUCUCUAUAUAUAGAGUUAGAGACGCUGUCUUGAUGCAAUCACUGUUUGAAAAAAAUGCAAAACCUGACUUGCUCCGUCAUUAAAAGGAAAAACAAAAACCCAAA